AUGGCACCAAAAGACAAGUACACCGAUCCCAAGCUCCGCGACGAAAUCAAAGAAGAAAUUCACCAGGGCGACAAGGGCGGAAAACCAGGACAAUGGUCAGCUCGCAAGGCCCAAAUGAUGGCCUCCGAAUACAAAAAACGCGGCGGCUCCUACACAACAGACAAAGAAACCGGCCAAUCCGAAUCCCAGAAACACCUCAACGAAUGGACGAACGAAGACUGGCAAACGAAAGAAGGAUCGGGGACGGCCCGUAAAGACGAUGAGAAUGGGACGCGGAAGCGGUAUUUGCCGAAGAAGGCGUGGGAGCAGAUGAGUAAGAAGGAGAAAGAAGAGACGGAGGAGAAGAAGGUUGAGGGGGGUAAGGGGGGGGAGCAGUUUGUUGGGAAUACAGAGAAGGCUAAGGAGGCUAGGAGGAAGGUUCAUGAUGAUGAAGAGGAGAGGAAGGAUGAAGACCAGAGUGAGGGCGAGAGUGGAGAUGAGGGUGAAGGUCAAAAGGGUGAUAAGGGGGAGAAGAAGGAGAAGGGUCAAAAGAGUCAGAACGGAAAGAAGGGCAAGAAGAAUGAGAACAAACAGAAAGGUCCCAAGACGCGAAGUGCCAGCAAGGAUGAUGGCGAUGAUCACUCUGAUGCUAACGAGGAAGAGGGAGAUGAGAAGAAGAGUGCUGGAACAAAACGUACUGCGAAGCAGUCAACCAGAUCCAACAAGAAACAGAAGGACAAUGAAGGGGCUGGCAAGUCCAAGCAAGAGAAUAGAAAAAAGGACAAUGAUGAAGGGGACGGAAAAGACGAUCAGAAUGUGGAUGAAAAUGAGGAAGAUUAUGUGGAGGAUGAAGGUGACGAGGACGAAGAUGUUGACGCAGAGGAGGAAGAGUAA